AUGACCCACUUCAGGCGCAGAGACGCGGUGCGCAGGAGCCUGUUCGGCCCGGUGGACCACGAGCAGCUGCGCCGGGACCUGAAGCUCAAACUUCAGCAGAUCAGCGAGCAGGACAGCCGGCGCUGGAACUUUAACUUCGAGGCUGACGCGCCGCUGCCCGGCCGGUUCCAGUGGGAGGAGAUGCCCGCACACUGCGCUGCGCCUUUUUACCGGGACUGCGCGCAGAGGAAGGACGCGGUCUGCUCCCCCGAACCCGAGCACGGCGACGCGCCGAGCGACCAGGAAGAGGGCGCAGGGACGGACCAGGAGAACUGCUCCAGCAUCUCCAACACCACGCACAAGUGUCCCGCUGAGGUGACGCCCGUCCGGAGGAAGAGGACGCUCUCCAGAGCCGCAGCCAAACCCAGGAGCGACGCACGGAUCACGGAUUUCUUUGCAAAAAGAAGGAGGUCGACAGAAACUAAGAGCGUCCUGAAUGCUUUGAGCUCCACCGAAGCAGCUCAGUGCAGAACAAUAAGAUGA